GCGGACGUUUCGUGACCCACGUACACAGAAAACAUGUGAUGCAACAGUGAACAUUAAACUUUUACACGAAAAUAAUAAGUUAUUUUGUUCUGUGGCAUUUUUCACUAUCUCCAGAACUUGCUUGAAUCAACAUGGAACAACGCCGCGAUUCUGGUGUAGAAGAAAUUUUAUCGAAUGGCCAGCGAGGCUAUCUUUUUACUAACUGGGCGAAAACGUUCUCGUGUACACCAGAGCUAUUUUUCGAACCAGAAACCAUUGAAGACAUCAGACAAAUCCUUUAUGCGGCUACCCAGUUACAUAAGACUGUGCGUGUUGUAGGCGGAGGACAUUCGCCAUCCGACAUUGCAUGUACAGAUGGAUACAUGAUAAGUCUAAAAAAGAUGAAGGCUGUUUUGGAGAUAGACUAUGACAAGAAACAAGUGACAGUUGAAGCUGGUUUGAUGGUUAAUGAACUCAAUGAGUUGUUGGAUGACCAUGGCUUAGCAUUACCCAGUCUUAGUUCAGUAUCAGAGAUGUCAUGUGCAGGUGCCAUUGGCACAUGUACACAUGGUUCAGGAAAAAACUUUGGCAUUUUUGCCACGUCGGUUGUAUCCCUUGAACUAAUGACAGCUAAUGGCAAGGUCAUCUACUGUAGUAGAGAGAAAAACAAGGAAAUAUUCCUAGCUGCACUUUGUGGUCUGGGUGCUGUUGGGAUAAUUCUCAGUUUGACUUGGCAGUGUGAAAAGGCUUUUAAUUUACAGGAGACAACCAAACCUUUAAUGUUGGAAGAGAUGUUGGAAAAUCUUGAAUCAAGUCUGCUGGCCAGUGAUCAUUUCAAGUUUCAUUGGUAUCCACACACAGGAUAUGUUAAAUGCUAUGAGGUCAAUAGGACUACCAAGCCGAUAGAUGACACUCCAAGUUGGUUUUGGGACUAUGCUGUGGGUUUUUACACUUAUGAGCUUGUGCUUUGGUUAAGUUCAUUUGUGCCAUCUUCACUACAAUACGUGAACUGGGCUUAUUUUAAACUCUUCGACUGCAAACCUCACAGCAGAGUGAAUCAAAGCCACAAGGUUUUUAACUUCAAUUGCCUGUUCAAGCAGUAUGUAACAGAGUGGGCCAUUCCACAGGAUAAGACAGUAUAUGUUCUUAGAAAGCUUCAAAGCUGGCUGAAUGAGUCUGGAUUUCAUGCACAUGCACCUGCUGAGGUUAGGUUUGUAAAGAGAGAUGACAUAUACUUGAGUCCAUGUUAUGAACAAGACACCUGCUUUAUCAAUGUUAUUUCCUAUAGGCACACAAGUUGACAUCAUCGGAUAUUGAAAAACUAUACCCCAAGAUUCACAAGUUCCGAGAGGUCUGCCAGAAGUUAGACCCUCAAGGAAUGUUUCGCAAUAAUUACGUGAAUAAGGUCAUCUUUGGAUCAGCACAGAAAUCUGAAGCGGAUAAUAACAAGACUAACGACGAGUGAAGUCUCCCUGACCACCAGCCAGGGAGGUGGGAGAUUAGACUAAAUGUGUAAGGUUGAGCUUACUAUGAGACAGAAACUCUGGUAACAGUUCCCUUCCCUCAACUUCCCCGAAAAUCAGAGAAGAAGAAGAAGAAAAAAGAAAAAAGAAACGAAAAAAAUUGCUAAAGAAAAGGAAGUGAAAAAGCUCCUGCACCAUCUCUUGUUUCCCUUUCAUUCACAAAAUACUUUCCAGACAAUUAUCCUUAUUUACGCAUUUUUGGAUCGUUGUGUUCUUGAAAAGAUUUGAGAAAUUUUAAAAUUAACUCGAAGAAAAAAGUAAGUCUCGAAAUUAACUUAGGUGGGUACCGUAGAAAAUUGAGAAGGGGAGGGGGUCCUAAGACUCCUCCGACUCCCAAGGCGAGAACCAUUGAACGGUCCCCAAUAGGAGCAAAAGCAUUCGUGGAAUUGUUCAUUCGCGGCACGAUCAUUAGUUGUUUGAGCUGUAUGAUAAACGCACGGUGGAUUUUUCUAGUUAUCUCGACAUUGGUGUCACUAGGACACCGAAAUGUCGGCUAUUGAGACUAGUUUUCGCUUUUGUAAUGAUAUAUGAAUAUUCACAUGUAAUU